AUGCCGGAGUUGCUGAACCCACUCGUCGAUGCUGUAUUCAAUUGUCAGGAUGUGGAGGCGUCCCCUUUAAGAAAAGUGUACUCUUCGUUACAUGAUAUACCGUUCAUUUUGUUGGUUCCGCCUACCUUUGCUCUUUGGUACUACGAUGACAGAAACACGAAAUUUCCUCUCCAUGAAUUGUGCCAUUCUCCGGAGUUUGUCUCUUCUCACAUAUUAACACGAUAUUCGGGGAAAGAUAACAAACCAAUAGAUACAGAUUUGUCCAGGCUACGAGCAGUUAGGGAGGCAAAAUUUUGUACUUUUAAUGGGAAAAUCAUCAAUGGAUUGUUUUCCAAACAGUCCCUCUACACAACGGACGGGUUUUCCUUUAGAAGCACGAGGCGAAUCCUAAAAUAUGAAACUUUAGACCACUUUCAGAAUUACUUGCAAGGCAGUUCCACCUUUAUUUUGAUUUACAUAGACCAACCUUUGAUAGACACAAAUAGAUUGUUGAAAUGUGAGGAUCUUGACUGUUUCCCGAACUUGACCAUAAACACAACCCCAUCGACAAGAUCCUUGGCCAAUUUAUCAUCAGCAGAGGUCCCUCCGCAGAGGAAUCCGCUGCUGAAUAGCAUGAUCCACGCUCAAUAUAACUGGAAGUUCCGGGCGGUGUUUCAAAACUAUAGGAAAGAGAUCACGCAGUCUGAGAGCAUGCUGAUUCCAGGUUUCCGAAAAACGAUAGACAAGAUAUAUGACGGGCUCGAUAACUCCUUUCAUACAAUACCCACUAUAAGACAACUCAUACAAGAAUACGUUGAGCAGAAUGUUUAUGAUGACGUAUGGCAAGUUCUAAUAAACAGAAAUAAUGCUGAGGGGGAGAAGGAGAAACAGUCAGAGAGUUCUGAUAUUUUCCGGUUUAUCUCGCUAGACCAACUGGACACGGAUUUUUAUAAAGCCAAGUUUUCUAAAUUUUAUCUCAAGGACAUCGUACAAUUAGAGAAGAACAUUUCGAAGGCAACAAAAUCUUUUGAAAAUCUAUCGGUAACACAUACUUAUGUGGAGAAAUGUAGAGUGUUGGUAGAGACAUUACAAAUAUUAUCGAAACCCGUUAAAAGGGUAGGAGGUUACCAGGUCCCAAUUACAGCAGAUACUUUGGUCAGUCUUUUCAUCUUGCUGAUUAAGAGAACAAAGAUGAAAAACAUCAGGUGUCAUUUGUACUAUCUACAAAAUUUCCACCAAGACGAAAACAGCAUUAAGUUUGGAUUAUUGGGUUACGCAAUAUCCACUUUAGAAGCUGUGAUAUGCUACUUAGAAACGAUUGAAACAGAUAAGGAGAGGUUGGACUGCAUUGAAAAAAACGACGCUAAUCUAGAAGAGUUCCUGACUUUAUUGACACGCUCAAAAUGUGUGUCUAAUGAGGGGCUUGACUUAUCAAAAUAUUCCCACAACUUCAGAUAUAGGAAUGGCGAUGGUAAUUCCACACUUUCACUGUGCAUCAUCAACUUCAAGAACGACAUAUUCUUUGAGUUACUUUCAGAAAACUAUGAAUCGUACUUUGCCUUUGAAGAUUUACUAGAGGAUCAAACUACAGAAGGGACGACCCUUCUCAUGCAAUCAUUACAACAUAGCAAUCAUGAAAUAACAGAAUAUUUGACAGACAUAAUGCUUAAGAACAGUACCGAGGAAGAGUUAUACUAUUAUUGUGGAAAAAGAGAUAAAUACAAGCGUAAUAUUGGUCAUUAUAUAUGCGGACAGCAGACCCUGCUACAGAAAAUUGGUAAAUACAUAAAAUGGGACAGCAAAGAUUGCACUGGUCAGACGCCAUUAUGUGUGAUUUUUAGAAGUUACGAUCAAGCUUUCUACGAUGUCAUGGUUGAAACAUCUUUUGCUAUUGCAGUUGAAUGGUACAGUACUGUUAAGAAUUCAAAAUUUUGUUUUCGGGAUCAUACAGACAGUAAGGGAAAUACUCUACUGCAUAUAAUAAAGUGCAACAUAUCGUUUCUUUUACAAUCGCCCGAUGUUGACAUCAACAAAGUGAACAGUCAAGGACUAAGUCCGUUGACAAACAAUGCAAUGUACGAUAGAGGUGAAAACGUGGAAGCCCUCUUGAAGGAUCCUAGACUGAUAUUCAGCAGUUUUGAUUUUCUAAAACAAUACCCAAAUACCAAAUCGGCACCUAUUUUAUCUCACUACUGUCUUGACAAUGAGGCACCUUUCCGUAAUAUCAUCGCCAGUCAUUUCGAUUUCAGGAUAAGUAAUAAACGCAGCGUUGUAUUGACCUCUCGAUCAAAGGAGGACGCCCAGGAACUUAUUGGCAGCGAAGCGUUUGAACUGAAAAAUCUUAAAGCUUUGUUUCGGCUUCUACUGAAGCAACAUCCCUUUACUUUUUUCCCUUUAGAAGAACUGUUGGAUGAGUUGAGUGUUGUCGAAAAGACGGCUAGUUCUCGGUCUCUAAUGAAAUCAUCGUUUUGUUCCAAGGUAUUGAAGAAACUCACAUACUGUCUGGACUCGAUGGUUGAAAUGGAACUACUACCUACGGCCGCCUUGCAAAGUGUCGCAUUAUUGGAGCGGCACAUAGCAAAGGAAAAGGUGACCGUGGAUGAAGAGAAAUUGAAAAGACGAUCCAAAGAUAAAAAAAUGCAACCGGAAAGUAUUGGAACCAUUACAACUUUCCUAAAGUACAUUUUGGAGUCCUUGCUUAAACUGAAAGGUACUAUUAUAGAGUUGAGGAAAUUUUCCAUACUAUCAAAAUUAAAGUCUAAAGAUAUUUCAGAGAGUAAAAACAUUGUUUGUACGUUGGGAGCGGAAGUGAGCAGCAAAAAAAUUGGUAGAGCAAUGGUCCGAUACAGUACUAUCGAUAACAAAUUUUUGGGUGAACAAAGUUUUGAUCUACUAGUGUUUCAAAUACAUUUUUUUGAGAGUUGUCUAAGCAGCAUCAUUAACAGCAUUGACCACCUCUUACAUUUGAAGAUACCAGAAUGGUGGAAGUGUUAUGGACAGCUUUUGGAACUAAGCAAAGAGGAUCCGAGUGUUUUAGCACGCGAAUCGGAUCAUAAACAGACCCCCAAUGCUAGUAAUAAUGUUGGUACUUCGACCACCGACCAUACAAGUGGCAUGGGCGUAUUAGGGACAUUUAUUGAGGGGAAAAGAAUAAAAAACCAAGAACGAACUAGGGCGGCUAUCUCAGAUUUACAAAGAAGGUUGAAGCUUCUGGAUAAUGAGAUAGAUACGAACAAUACUUUGGUGGUAAUUGAGUACUGUAUCUUCAUCAACUUCCAGAGUAAAUUCAUCCACUCCGCGAUGUUGGAGAAGUGGGUCAAAUUGAAUAUUAAUCUUUUGAAGAAAUCUCUAUUAGAUAGCAAGGAAAAACGUAUUCGCAAAGAAGCGGUAAGAAGUAAAGCCAGUGACAACUCGUAG